AUUUCGAGAUUACCUGGUUAAUCCUCUGUAAUUCCUUCAUCAAUCGCAUAGAUCAAUUACCACCUGUGAAUGGCGAAAAAGGCAGUGCUGAUCGGUAUCAACUACCCCGGGACGGAGGUGGAGUUGAAAGGAUGCGUCAAUGACGUCCGGCGGAUGUACGAUUGCCUGGUGGAGCGAUUCGGUUUUGCAGAGGAAGACAUCAAGGUGCUCAUAGACACCGAUGAUUCGUACACGCAACCUACCGGCCGGAACAUUAUAGACGCUCUGGACGAUCUGGUGGAUUCCGCCAAGCCUGGGGACUUCCUGUUCGUGCACUACAGCGGUCACGGCACGCGCCUCCCGCCGGAGUCGGGGGAGGAGGAUGAUACCGGCUAUGACGAGUGCAUUGUCCCCUGUGAUAUGAAUCUCAUCACCGUUGUGCUUGCAGAUGAUGAUUUCAGGGAAAUUGUGGACAGAGUCCCGCAGGGAUGCCGAUUCACGAUAGUCUCCGAUUCCUGUCACAGCGGCGGCCUGAUAGACGAAGCAAAGGAGCAAAUAGGGGAGAGCACGAAACAGAACAGGAACGAAGAAGAUGAGGAUGAAGAUGAAGACGAUGACAACACUGUCGACGAGAUCGGCAGAGGAUCUCUAUUCGGAUUCCGGAAGUUCAUGCGACAUACCAUCAAAGAUGCAAUCGAGUCCCGAGGAAUUCACAUACUAUCCGGAUUCAAAAUCAGGCCACAUCAGGAAGAUGACAAAGAGGAAGAAGAUCAAUACCUAGGGCAAGAUUACAUCAAGAACAAAUCAAUGCCCGUAUCAAGCCUCAUCAAAAUCCUCAAGCAACGGACAGGCAAGGAGGACAUCGACGUUGGGAAGCUCCGACCAACGCUAUUCGAUGUUUUUGGUAACGAUUCAAGCCCCAAGAUCAAGAAAUUCAUGAAGCUCAUUUUCGGCAAGCUAAACAGCCGUCAAGGCAAUGCACAAAGUGAAGAGAGUGGUGGGUUCUUGAGCAAGGUUGGAAGUAUGGCCAUGAACUUUCUAGAACAAAAGCUUCAAGAGAACGAUGAACAAUACGCGAAGCCAGCACUAGAAACUUUUCUCAAAAAUGAACAAGAAGCCUAUGCUGGGGCAGCCAAUAAAGGGUUACCUGACUGCGGCAUCCUCAUCAGCGGCUGCCAGACCGACCAGACUUCAGCCGACGCCACCCCAUCAGGCGACAAGACCAAAUCCUAUGGGGCACUGAGCAAUGCCAUACAGAUCAUACUCGAGAAGGCGGAACAGAAGGUGAGUAACAAAGAGCUGGUUAUUCUGGCCAGACACUUGUUGCAGAAGCAGGGCUUUCAGCAGCACCCGGGGCUCUACUGCCAUGAUGAUUUUGUCGACGCACAUUUUAUUUGCUGAUGGAUUCACUGCUGGGGCACAAUGAAACAACAACUAUCACAAUAUAAACAUAUUAGGCAGGUUACCUGUCCGAGUUGUUCUUGUGUCUUCUCUAGACUGCA